AUGGCUUUCCUAAAGCAAACCCUCCUAGCAGCCUUAGCAACAACGUCCUUACCCCAACCAACCACCGACAGCUACUACCGCUCCCGACCCGACCUUUCACCACCUCACUUAAACAUCACCAUCCCCGCCACAAGCUCCGAUGGCCCUGAAUACGUCUUUAUCGCCCCUUACUCGAUGGGUGGAACCCUCGGGCGGCCCGGUCCGUACAUCUACCGCAAAGACGGCGACUUGGUGUGGGCAGGCACAGGGUACUACGCCGGUUUCGUAGGUAAUUUCCAUCCUACCACAUACCAGGGUAAACCUGUUCUCCAAGCAUUUCAGGGUAAUAUGGAUAGUUCCCACGGUGAAGGGUUUGGUCAGCAUGUCCUGCUAGAUCAAAGUUAUCAGCACGUUGCCACCUCAACUGCCGGGAACCACCGUGUUGCGUCGAUUCAUGAAUUCAAUGUAAUCCAGGGAGAGACGGCCUUGAUUGAGGUCUUCUAUACGACUCCGGCGAAUCUGUCGGCUUAUGGUGGAAAUUCUUCGCAAAAGUGGUUGGGGAAUGGGAUUUUUCAAGAAAAUAAUAUUGCCACGGGGGAGUUGAUCUUUGAGUGGAAUGCUUUGGAACACGUUGACCCGUCUGAAAGCCUAGUGACACUAGGUUCCACGAAGGCCAAUAGCGGACUGUCCUCCGCCGAAGCAUGGGAUUACUUCCACAUCAACAGCCUAGAUAAAAACGAAGAAGGAGACUAUCUGCUCUCAUCUCGACAUACGAGCACGAUAUUCAAGAUCAACGGCACGGACGGUUCAAUUAUCUGGCGGCUCGGCGGCAAGCACCCCAGCUUCUCACAAACUGGCAACUGGACCUUCGGAUUCCAACACGAUGCUCACUGGCAACCGCAACUCAGCCAGCCCGGGAUUGAGGUAAUCUCGUUCUUCGACAAUUCUGGCGACGGAACUAUCACAUACAACGAGGUAUCCCGGGCAUUGCUUGUCCAAGUAAACCACACAGAUAGCACGGCGACGGUUAUCCGCGAAGCAACGGCACCGUAUGAUCUCCAGGCCCAGUCUCAGGGAAAUGCGCAGCUUCUUUCUAACGACCGAAUCUUCGUUAACUGGGGAUCGGAGGGUGCUUUCACGGAAUUUGGUGCUGAUAAUGAGAUUCUAUACCAUGCUUUUAUCCAGACGGGAUCAGUCAGCUACCGUGGCUUUUUGGCGCACUGGACUGGCACGCCGAAGGAAAGUCCAGCGCUGGUUGCGCUGGAAACAGACUCUGGUCUUGUUGACCUUUAUGUGUCUUGGAAUGGGGACACGGAGACUUCGGCUUGGAGAUUCUAUUAUGUCAACGGACAGAAGAAGACGCUGGUUGGUCAAGUGGAUAGGGAUUCGUUUGAGACGGUGUUUACUUGGAAGCCAACUUUUAAGCUGUUUUCCUCUGCUAGAUUUGUUGCUGAAGCUAUUGAUGCAAAUGAGGAGUCUCUUGCGCGGACAAGUCUGACUGCUACAACCGCCAAUAUCAAGUUGCUGACGUGA